AUGGAGGCUGAAGACCGUAUACUUCAGUACUUGAAGUCAUCUCAUGGUAAAGGAAUAUUUGCGGAAGCUGAAUAUCGAGCCCUUCAUCAUGCUAUGACAGAACUGAUUUGGUUGAAAAUCCUAAUGAGGGAACUUGGAUUUGGCCUCGAGAAACCAAUGGUGUUGUAUUGUGAUAACACAUUGACCAUUGAAAUUGCUAAUAAUCCUAUCCAACAUGACAAAACAAAACACAUUGAGGUUGACAGACAUUUCAUCAAGGAUAAUAUUGUGAACGGCAUCAAUACUAUGCUUCACAUCAAGAGAGCAAACCAGCUAGCCGACAUGAUGACCCAUGCAAUUUCUAGCAAAGACUUCCAUACAUCACUAUCUAAGUUGGGCAUGUGUGAUAUCUAUCCACCAACUUGA